AUGGGCACUGACCUAUCUACCAUCCCGACACGUGCACUCGGCGAAUUUCCGUGUCGCAAAUGCGACCGUACAGACUUCGAGACGGUUCGUGAAUUGAGCGAGCAUCAAAUUCGAGCGCAUAACGCAAGAAUACCGUGUGCGUUCUGUUCAAAGGAGGCAUCAAGCGUGCAGAAAUUAGUCGAUCAUUUGAGGAGAAGACAUGUCGAUUCGAAACUCAUUUGUGAGUACUGCAAAGAUGUAUUCGCUGAUCGAGUUGCGGACACAACGGACUCUAUCUGGGAGGAGUAUCGUGCACACGUCUACAAGGAGUGCUUGAAAGAGAAGAUAUACAGUAAUGAGAAGACGAAGCCGAGAAUGGACUCGUUCACAAUGCGUGGUCGUGGACGUUGUCCACAUGGUCCACCGGUCAGAUGCAAGAAUUUCCCGAGAUGUCCGGGUCCGAAGUGUUACUAUUUUCAUGGAUUCUGUAGAUAUGACACGAGAUGUAUCAAGAGAGACUGUCCAUUCGACCACACGAAUCGACCAAGAGUGUGUCUCUCGUGUAUCAAAGACAGCAGAGUUAGUUUAUUGAGAUAA